AUGGUUGUCAACGUCGGUAUCAACGGUUUCGGCCGCAUUGGACGUAUCGUCUUCCGCAAUGCCGUCGAGCAUGGCGACGUCAACGUCGUGGCUGUCAACGACCCUUUCAUUGAGCCAACCUACGCCGCCUACAUGCUCAAGUAUGACUCCACCCACGGAGUCUUCAAGGGCACCAUUGAGGUCGACGGCGACAAGGGCCUGAUUGUGAACGGCAAGAAGGUUCGCUUCCACACCGAGCGCGACCCCGCCAGCAUUCCCUGGGGCGAGUCCAAGGCCGACUACAUUGUUGAGUCGACCGGUGUCUUCACCACCACCGAGAAGGCUUCCGGCCACUUGAAGGGAGGCGCCAAGAAGGUUGUCAUCUCUGCUCCAUCCGCCGAUGCUCCCAUGUUCGUCAUGGGUGUCAACAACAAGACCUACACCUCUGACAUCCCCGUCAUCUCCAACGCUUCUUGCACCACCARCUGCCUUGCUCCUCUCGCCAAGGUCAUCCACGAGAAGUUCACCAUGAUUGAGGGUCUCAUGACCACCAUUCACUCCUACACCGCCACCCAGAAGACCGUCGAUGGUCCUUCCGCCAAGGACUGGCGUGGAGGCCGUACCGCGGCCCAGAACAUCAUCCCAYCUUCCACUGGUGCUGCCAAGGCUGUUGGCAAGGUCAUUCCAGACCUCAACGGCAAGCUCACCGGAAUGUCCAUGCGUGUGCCAACCGCCAACGUCUCCGUUGUCGACUUGACCUGCCGCAUUGAGAAGGGUGCCACCUACGAGGAGAUUACCGCCGCUUUGAAGGAGGCCUCCGAGGGCGAGCUGAAGGGAAUUCUUGCCUACACCGAGGAUGAUAUUGUCUCCUCCGACUUGAUCGGCAACCCAGCUUCCUCCAUCGUCGACGGCAAGGCCGGUAUCUCCCUCAACAAGAACUUCGUCAAGCUCGUCUCGUGGUACGACAACGAGUGGGGUUACUCUCGCCGUGUCAUUGACCUCUUGGCCUACAUCGCCAAGGUUGAUGGCAACGCUUAA